CAGUGUCAUGUGUAGUGUAAGUUUUUAUUUUGUUGUUUUCGUCAUUGGUACAUUAACUUUCCUAAAUUAAUAUAAUUUAUUAUCAUAAUAAAUUAUAAGUGUCUAUUGUUUCCAUACUACUUUUAAAAGACUUAAUUUUACUUUAAAUUAGUACAGUUUUAAAAAUGACUUUCAUACCUAACUGGGAAGAGUUUGAAAAGUCUGCAGAAAUGUUGUAUUUGCGGAAUCCUCUCAAUACUCGUUACAGUACUAAGUAUUCACAUUCAAAAGGAGUGUUUCUGGUCAAAAUUACAGACAAUAAAAAGUGUCUUCAAUACAAAACUGAGGUUCAGCAGGAUGUACGGAAAAUUGACAAAUUUAUCACAAACCUAAUGAGGCAUAUGGCUUCUGAUGAAUAGAUUAAGUAAAUGUUUUAUUUAA